CGCAUACAUCUAAAGUCCACUUGUUGAGCCCCCUCCCCCUGCUAACCACACUUCCUUAUGUAACACAGUAAUCAGGUUUGCAGUUUAAAUUCUGGUGCAUUCAGGCGCUGGGCUUCACAUUUCUCCACUGACGCAGAGAUUUAAGGCUGUAACCAUGGGGUGCAUCCCAGGAGUUCCAGCCUUGCUUCUAAUUCUGAGCGUUUCCCUCCUGACUUGUCCCAGCGUUCAGGGCGGGAAGAUUCUGGUGUUCCCGGUUGACGGCAGCCACUGGGUCAACAUGAACCUGCUGAUCCAGAACCUCCACACAAGAGGCCACGAGGUCACUGUGGUGCGCACGUCCACCAGCUGGUAUGUCAAAGAGAACGCUCCACAUUACCGCUCCAUUACCAUCACCCUACCGGCCGCCAUCGUCAUAGAGGAGGAGGACUUCUUUGUUAGCUUUCUGGUCAAGAUGCUGGAGAUUAAGAAAGCGGGGGCAUCGCCUAUAGCCUUUAUAAACUUCUACUGGGAAAUGUUGAGUUCGCUGUCAGAUAUCCACAAACAAGCCAGCCUGGUGGGGGUAGAAAUACUUGAGAACAAGACUCUACUGCAGAGUAUUCGGGACACUCAGUUUGACAUGGUUCUUAUUGACCCAGGUUUGCCUGUUGGAGUUCUUGUGGCUCAUGAACUGAAGCUGCCAACUGUUUUUAAUGUGCGAUGGAUCACCAGUGGAGAGGGACAUUUUGUGGUGGCUCCAUCUCCAACAUCCUAUGUUCCAACUGCAGGAUAUGCCGCACCUACCGACAUGACCUUUUCGGAAAGAGUCCAGAACUUGUUGUUCUAUCUCCUCAACACAUGCAUUGACAAAUUUGUAGUAUGCCCUCACUAUGAUAGACUGGCAGCCAGAUACUUUGGUCCUGAUGUGAACUUCUAUCACCUUCUCCAAGGCGCGGACAUGUGGCUCAUGAGGGUGGACUUUGUCUUUGAAUUCCCGAGACCCACCAUGCCAAACAUCGCCUACAUCGGCGGCUUUCAGUGUAAGCCUUCUCAGGCUUUGUCGUCAGAGCUGGAGGAGUUUGUGCAAAGUUCAGGAGAGCACGGAUUCAUCCUCAUGUCUCUUGGCACACUGGUAAAAGGUCUACCCAUAGAAAUCACUUCUGAAAUUGCCGCUGCUUUUGCCCAAAUUCCUCAAAAGGUCAUAUGGAGACAUGUUGGUGAACCACCAAAAACUUUGGGCAACAACACCCUGCUGGUGAAGUGGAUGCCCCAGAAUGAUCUCUUGGGUCACCCAAAGGCCAGAGCCUUUGUGGCCCAUGGUGGCACCAAUGGAGUCUACGAGGCCAUCUACCACGGCGUACCAAUCAUAGGCAUACCGCUUCUGUUCGACCAGUUCGAGAACAUUUUGAGAUUAGAGGCACGAGGAGCCGCCAAGUCUCUGGAUGCAUCCAAACUCACAAGCCAGGACUUUCUAGAAACGAUACAAGAAGUUCUUCACAAUCCGUCUUACAGAAAUAACAUGAAACGCCUCUCUUCUCUCCAUCAGGACACGCCAAUGCAUCCUCUGGAAACCGCCAUUUACUGGAUCGAGUUUGUUAUCAGGCACAAAGGAGCUGCACAUUUACGCACUGAGUCUUAUAAGAUGCCUUGGUACGCUUACUACUCUGUGGAUGUCGUGGGCUUUUUAGUGGCAAUCUUGUUGAUUUUUAUAGCCGCUGUGGUGGGAACGAUACGGUUCCUUUGCCUCAGACUCUGCAGGAGCAGAAAACCAAAGCAGGAGUAGUUACUGACUCUGCACGCCAAAAGACUUCAAAUCAACAUGCCAUCUUAUAGUAUAGAGCCGUCCAUGAUUUAUAUUCUUAGCCGUGGUAGCAGCUUUGCUCCAGGGAAGUGUUGGCCGUUUAGUUAGGAUGAGUGUAUAAAAGCUGUUUUAGUCAAGAACUAGAGAAGAAGAAGAAGAACAUACUCACUGAUUAUUUGGAUGUUAGUAAGAGUUUUUAGAUCACGCUCAUUCUGUGUCAGUUUACAUGAAAUGUGAAGCUACGAGCUAACUAAAGAGCGCUAACAUUAGCAUGCUAACACAACAAUGCAGCUCAAGGCAAGGACAAUUUUGUCAUCCGCUUGCGCUAAACUGCUUCGUGCAAUCGUGAGGGGAGAGGGGUUGGAGGUGUGUCUCUGGAGGAGGGCGGAGGCUUCAGUGGAGGAGGCGUGGCCAAACAGCAGUUUGUUUUGGUUUCAUGCUGGAGCUCAAGGGCGACAUCUACUGGAUCAAAAAGUUGCACAUUCUUCCUUUUAAUGUUCCCGACUUAAAUAUCUCAACAGCUAUUGAAUUUACUGUUUUUGUUGGUCCAUGUGGUUGGCACUAUGAAGAAAUUUCACACACAAUCAACAUAUACUGUACACUAACACAUACACCAAAUGAUCAAAGUUAGUCAAUACUAUGAUUUUUUUUUUUAACUGUCUGUCUGUUCCACCACUGUGACAGCGAAUCAUGCAUUUUAGUUUGCACUAUUUUAAAAGUUUUAAAAUGUCCUAAUGACAUUUUAAAAGAUGAAAAAUAAACACAUUUAUAUGUCUUGUUUUUUUUAAUGUGAAGAUCAACAUGUUUAAAUAAAUGUUGCACCAUUGUUUUGUACUGUAAUGAGAAUGUAGUCCGACAAAGUUGUUUUUUAUAUGAAUAAAGAAAUACUUUAGGACA